AAACAAAUGCACAACGACAAUCUACCAGUACGCACGUCAUCAAGCCCUCCCGGAUUUACGAGGACCCUUGAUUGACCAUCCGAUUUGGAUCUCAAGUUAUAUCUUAUCCUACAACCGUUUCGAUAUACCUAUCCCCCAAUUGAAAUAUAUCUCAACACCCACCAUGCCAUCUCCAAUAGAAGAUUCGGAGCUGGUUUCCUCUCCAGUGAAAUCAGAACAUGACGCCCCACCUAGGACACCUGCCAACAAAAACCAAACCUACGACUCUGAAGAGGUCCGCGAGGCGGCAUUGCGGCGCGAGCUUGAAGGAGUGCGCAAUAUAAACGAGGUGAUUGAAGGUGUAAUCAGUACUUUAAACAAGGCCAAGGGCAACAUGAAUACGGUUUCACGAACCGUUGGUAACGCCUCGGCCCUUCUGAACACUUGGACCCGCAUCUUAUCGCAGACCGAGCACAACCAGAGGCUCAUCCUCAACCCCGGCUGGAAAGGCGCUACUGACGACCUGCAAUCUAUUGAAGCGGAGGCUCUCCAACGGCAGAUGGCUGCUCAGCGCAGGGCCGCCGAGGAUGAGCGCAGGCGAGAAGAGGCUCGGCGACGUGCCGAAGAGGCUGAGCGCCAGAAGGAAAUCACGUCGGCGUCAACUACUUCAAGGGGAGGCCUGCGGGGAACUAGAGGGAGGGUUACCCGGGGCAUCGGCCGUGGAGGAGUUUCUGGGAGCAGUAGUACCAGCACCUCCAGCGUAUAUAGCUCCAGAGGCACCUCUGGUAUAGGCAGGGGAAUCGGUGGUACGAGAGGCACAGGCACUCGCGGAAGCACAACAAGGGGUCGGGGUGUGCGAUGAUUUACACAAGAAUUUUAUUCUCAUCGAGCAGGACCGAUAUAUACCCAAAUCAACCCAUCCGUUGCUGUCCAUAUAGUCAUUCACUAUACAAGUGAGGACCAAUGCACAAAAAACCCCUUGUUAUACCCAGUCCAACGCGACACCAAGAACGCCAGGUUACCCAACCCAAGCUAGCCAAUUGCGUCCAUGGACGACGCCCUUUCGAACUUGGCGCUAAAUGCCUUGCCAAUUCCCCUUAUUUUUUCUUGAAGAACUCGCUCAGCUUCUUCAUGCCGCUGACAUUGACCUUCUUCAACUGCUUGACUCCCCUACUUUCGUUCAUCUUCUUCCGCUUGUCCUCCUCUUCCAUCUUUCUCCUCUUCUCGUUGCGCUCCUCCUGCUCCUCAUCCAGAGCGCGCUUUCGCGAAAAGUCCGAGGCAGACCUGGUGAGCAAAGCCUCUUGUCGAAGCUUUGUGAGGCGAGAAAGGUAAUCGUCAAGGGGCUUGAAGUCGACAAAUUGAGAAAAGGUGCCGGAUUUUGCCGAGAGCAGGUCCUUGAUUACUGUUGUGAUUGCCGGGGGGAGGUAGCUAGAGCAUAUAAAGUUGAAAGCCACCCUCAGCUCUUGCAACUUGAUGACCUUGUCUGAUGCCUCGAUGGCGGCGACCACCUGUUCGGGGGCAGCCGCAUCUGCGUCAUCCUCGGCUGUUGAGGUCGCAACGGUGGAGGUUUGUGAUACUGUGCUGCCUGCAGUAGCGACCGAGGAUUGGGAGUCGUUGGACUCGGUUUGUGGUGUCGAGGCCCCAUCAGAGUCUUCCUGAGCCGCCUCCGCUGGCGCAGCAGCACCCUUGGGCGCUAAGCUUUUCUGACCCAGUACUGGUGCCUCGAGCGCCUUCUUGACGAACUUGUCGUGCAUGCUCUUAGGCAAAG